GGCAGGAGCAAUUGAAGAAGCUAUGAUUUGAACCUCGUGUCUUCAACAAUUACUUGACCUCAACGCUCCUCACUUUGUGUCAAUAUGGCACAAGUAAUUUCGAACUCGGGUCAUGAUGACAUGAUUCACGAUGCAGUACUAGAUUACUACGGCCGCCGCCUCGCAACCUGCUCCUCAGACAAGACAGUCAAGAUCUUCGAAGUAGAAGGCGAAACCCACAAGCUCACCGAAACACUCAAAGGUCACGAAGGCGCCGUCUGGUCCGUCUCCUGGGCGCACCCCAAAUACGGCAACAUCCUCGCCUCCGCAGGCUACGACGGCAAAGUCUUCAUCUGGCGCGAACAAGGCUCAACAUGGACCAAAGUCUUCGACUUCGCCCUGCACACCGCAUCCGUAAACAUCAUCUCCUGGUCGCCCCACGAGUCGGGCUGCUUGCUCGCAUGCGCCUCCUCGGACGGGAAUGUCAGCGUGCUGGAAUUCAAGGAUAAUAGUAUGGACCACAAGAUCUUCCACGCGCACGGAAUCGGUGUGAAUUCCGUGAGCUGGGCCCCGAGCACGAGUCCCGGGUCUCUGGUCUCGAGCGCGGGCGGGCAGGGGGGCAUCCGGAGGUUUGUUACCGGUGGCAGUGAUAAUAUGUUGAGGUUGUGGAGCUUUGAUGCGGCGAGUCAGAGCUAUAAGCAGGAGCGGGAUCCGUUGACUGGACAUACGGAUUGGGUGCGGGAUGUAGCUUGGUCGCCGACGGUGUUGCAGAAAAGCUACAUUGCCUCUGCGAGUCAAGAUAAGACGGUCAGGAUCUGGACGAGCGAUCCGAGUCAACCUGGGGUAUGGAAUAGCAAGGUUUUGAACUUUGAGGUUGUGCUAUGGAGAGUCAGCUGGAGUUUGAGCGGGAAUGUCUUGGCGGUUAGUGCUGGUGAUAACAAGGUUAGCUUGUGGAAGGAGAAUCUGAAGGGGGAAUGGGAAUGUGUUAAGACGAUCGAGGAAUAGAUAUCCCGGGGGAUGGCUCUUUUGCUGCAUUGCAGGAAAGGCAGAGAACAUGGCGUUUGGGAAUGAAAAGCUUGUACGCUUAGUAUUCAAAAUCCAAGAAGAUAUCACGAAAUCGGGCGUCCACUACUUGUCAAAUCUUCUUUGUAACCUAAUGUCCGGCUAUCUGUUGGACAUUUAUCUGCUCUGAUGGC